AUGGCUACAGCCCACCCUGAAGGAGAGGUCUUCUUUAGGAAAAGUUCUCUCAAGCUAGACACAUUCAAUGCUGAUGAUCCCAGGUCCUUUUACGGACAUUUCCUAAUUGAGUUCGCCAGCAACGAGUACUUUGCAAGACAACACCACGAGUUGCCCCCAGCGCGAACGCAUCCGCGCUCAACGUAUCGCCGCGAAAGGGCUUCUGGCGUUCCAGACCGCCAGUGGCGGUAUGGAUUUUGGGAGGAACUCCCUGUUAGUCUAGGGCAAGCCGACAGCAUACGCAGGCGUUUUAACGUCCCUCUGGAGACUACUGUCAACCGUUUUAGGGACAGAGCCAAUGGUGGCGCUCAGCAUGUUUGGGUCCAUCCUUGCCCGAUGCCCACCGAGCAAGAAACGUGGGCCUGGUUUGAUAUGCUUAUCCCGAUUCGUGCCAUCUAUCUUCCACUAUCGCAGGCGGCAGAAGAAUCCUUCCCCCAUCUUUGCACAUAUGUCCAGAUUGUCUUUUAUCAACAAGGCGUGCGGGACGUAUGGCGUCCAAACCAGGGCCGGUUUCUAAGCCAUACAUUUACCACUACCCAUGGAGUUGGUUUUGCUCUCGGCUUUACAUUGGGCAUCAACAUUCACGAAAGCAUGAAGCUCCUUGGUCUACCACCAAAACUCCGUAAUACUAAUAUUUGGCGAGAGAAGCUGAUCGUCAUACGCGGUCGCGACGAAAUUAGGACGCAAACCAGGACUGCGCUGCCCCCGCCCCGGUUUGAUUUUGUCGACUUCAUCAAUGCCAAUUUCGCCGUUGAGGUGAUUUGGAAGCCCGUGCCGCCACGAAGCUCGUUCCUCCUUAACCUCAUUGAAAAUCUUAUAACCGCCGCCCUGGACCUGGUCCCUGUCGUGGGACCCCUAUUGUCGGCUAGUUUCACAGCUGCAUGGCUUGCAAUUACUGAUCCAGAAGCCUUCGCAGAGUGGGCGGCAAACGGUGGCUGGUUACCUGAUUACCUUGAUGCCAUGAGAUCUAGUUGCCGUUCCAUGGGGAAAUACAUCGAUCCAGGGUUCUUGAGUGGUGUCCGCGCCAUUUCACGGAGGGGCCUCCUACUUCCGCCUGCAACAGACGGCAAUCACAGUAACGAGAGCCAAGUUGUCGUGCCUCCAGCCCAAACUUCCACCAGCACCAUGGAGGAUUCUGUCGAAUCAUCCAACCUAGCCGACGUGGGACCAUCUGCGGUCCUACUCUCUGGGCUUCGCAUCAUUGCCUUCUCUGCCACCAGCGGCAAGACUGCACACCAAGAUGGCGAGCUGCAUAGCGACAUUCUGCGCCGAGCAGUGCGCUGUGACGCUAUGAGCCUCGAGGAGGCCUUCGCGGUUCAAAGAGGUCUCGAAGCGCUGCCUGAUGGCGGCGACGAUUCGGAGGACGGUGAAAUAUCAAAGCUGUAGGGGGUAGAACACCCACUAAUCAUUGGGAAGACUUGGGUAUUAAUCAUCUGCUGCCGACAAUAUCUUGUGACUCUGCCUUGUUUGACUUCAUCCAAUCAUUCUGAAUUUUCUGCUGUUGUGCUGCGAGAUUCAUAACAUUCUGAUUUCAGGG